GUGACGCACUCAUAAAUCUUUCCAAUUUGUGCACCAAAGAGUAUUGUUUUGUGCCCUCGUUUACUUAAUUAUUAUUGUUUGCUUUUCACUUUCCCGGAUUUGAACUCCAAAUUUUGGAGUGAUUGCAUGACAUUCUCAAAAUUGUGUCUCCCCUUACUGUGCCGGGUUUAAUAUUGGAACGAGUAUGUCUUCCAAGUAUGAAGUGAGGAGACGUCGAGACCGCACCUGCAGUCGUUCACUCGAGCGUCACAGAGACAGUUACAAAAGAAACGAGUCCAAGUCACCUGUAAGACAUAAACACAGGUCAUCAAGUAGAGAGAAGGAGAAAAAAGAGGCAUUGAAAUACAAAAAGACUAAAAAGAAGAAAAAGAAAUACAGAAAUUCAUCUAGCAGCACAAGCAGUGAUAGUGAUGAGGAGGAACUAAAGCUGCUGCAGAGGCUGGAGGCAGAGCGUCUCCGCCUUAAGGAGGAAAAGAGAAAACAGAAAGAGAUGAUGAAAGCCAAUGAGACCCCUGAAGAGAAGAGGGCUCGUCGUCUGCGUGAAAAGCAGGAGAAGGAGCGUCGUCGUCGGGAGCGUAUGGGUUGGGACAACGAAUAUCAGUGUUACACCAACCAGGACAAUCCCUUUGGUGACUCGGCACUCACUAAUACAUUCGUUUGGACAAAGAAGCUAGCCAAGGAGGGUGUCAAGAAUGUGUCCCACGAUGAGUUGGAGGCUCUCAACAGACAGAAACAAAUGGAGAACAAAAUUGAACUGGAGAAGGUGAAGCAGCGCCGGCUGGAGCGCGAGGCGGAGCGCGCGGCCCGAGAGGCCGAGGCGGCGGCGGCGGCGCGCGCCAAGGAGGCGCUGCAGUACCACAAUUGGGCGCGCCAGGAGGACGCCUUCCACCUCCACCAGGCCCGGCUGCGCUCGCAGAUUCGCAUCCGCGACGGACGAGCGAAGCCGAUCGACCUGCUGGCGUGGUACGUCAGCUCGGAGGAGUGCGUGGACGCGCUGGAGAUGCACGAGCCGUACACCUACCUCAACGGCCUGCAGACGCAGGACCUCGAGGACCUCCUCGAGGACAUUAAAGUGUACAAAGAACUGGAGAACAACGCGAACGUCUCGUACUGGGAGGACGUGGCGACCAUCGUGCGCGACGAGCUGGGCAAGCUGCGGCGGCUCAAGGCGCCGGCGCCCGCCAGGGACGGCGUGCACCGGGCGGUGGCCGACGACGUGACGCAGAUCUUCAAGGGCAAGACGGGCGCGCAGCUGGAGGCGCUGCAGGCGCAGAUCGAGCACAAGAUCAGCGGGCGCCGCGACGGCGUCGACGUCGGCUACUGGGAGAGCCUGCUCAGCCAGCUCAAGGCGCACAUGGCGCGCGCGCGGCUGCGCGACCGGCACCAGCUCAACCUGCGCCGCAAGCUGCAGCUGCUCAAGCAGGAGCAGGGCGUGCAGCCCGCGCCGGGCAGGUGCGCCGCCGCGCCGGGGGCCGAGGCUCGCCGCCGCCGGAGACCCGAGCGCCCGCUUUCCGCGACCAGCAAUGAGUACUCCGCCACCAUGAUGCUUAUUAAAACGUUUCAUAAAGUUGCCAUCGCGAUCCCUACGCACCACAAUAAAAUAUGUCCAGAAAAUCCAGACUUUGCAGUACUUCGGUUUCAUGCAGGGCCACCUUAUGAAGACAUUGCAUUCAAAAUAGUGAAUCGCGAAUGGGAGUAUUCUUACAAACGCGGCUUCCGCUGCCAUUUCCACAACAACAUCUUCCAGCUCUGGUUCCACUUCAAGAGAUACCGCUAUCGCCGGUAGUUUAAUUCUGAGGCUGAACACUACUAUCAAAUAUUCUACAAUAUUUGCUAAGUUCAAGGUUUUUAGCUUUUUGAGUUUUACAAGUUAGUAGAUUGCAUUGUUAACCUAUUGUAAUUACGAUUUCGCAAUAAAAACAAUACUUAAAAAUUGAAGUGACAAUUUUCUGGAUAAAAGUUUCUCAAUAGUAUGUUUGCUUGUUUUUGAAAUGACUUUGAAGCAAAAAAUAAUAUUACACAGUACAACUAUUUAUUCUCUUGGAAAUCUUUGCGUUUCGGCUGUCAUGGAUUUUGUCAAAACUGGAUGCGCUCAAUUGACUUGGAAGUACAUACAUAGGCUAUUAUUUUGGUUAUGUUUUUGAAGGUUAGAUAAUAUAUAUUGAAAAUUAGUUAUAAAUGUAGAGCUAUUUAUUACUGUCAGUCUUAAAAUUUACUAUUUAGACUAGUUUCAUUUUAUUUUAGAAGAGGAGUUGUUGAAAUCACAGGCACAACAGAUAAUUUACAGCAAUUGUAAAAAAGACAAU